AUGAAAAAUUCCAAUAGCUCCUUGGAGUUCCUACCUACGAUGUUCAUUUUGGUUGGCAUCCCAGGGCUAGAGGCAGAGCACCACUGGAUAUCGGUGCCCUUUUGCCUAAUGUACAUGAUAAUCUUCCUUGGAAAUGGCACCAUCCUCUAUGUCAUCAGAACAGAGGCCACCUUACAUCAGCCCAUGUAUCUCUUCCUUGCCAUGCUAGCACUGGCUGAAGUUGGGGUCUCUGCAUCCACCUUGCCUACAGUGCUAGGCAUAUUUCUAUUUGAUGCCACUGAGAUUAGUUUUGGAACAUCUUUUCCAGAUGUUUUGUAUCCAUUCUUUCUCCAUUAUGGAGUCAGCUGUGCUGCUGGCCAUGUCUGUGGACCGCUUUGUGGCCAUUUAUAGUCCACUGCACUAUACAGCCAUCCUGACACUGCCCCGCAUCUUCAGUGCAGGAGCUCUCAUUGGGCUGAAAAGCAUUGUGCUCAUGACGCCACUGCCCAUUCUCCUCCAGCGCCUACCCUUCUGUGGUCACAAUGUCCUCUCCCAUUCUUAUUGUCUUCACCCCAACCUAUCCAUCUGCCUUGUGGAAACAUUUCUAUUAACAAUAUCUAUGGGCUUUUCAUUGUUAUUUCCACUUUCGGGUUGGAUUCGUUGCUGAUUGUGGUCUCCUAUGGACUCAUACUCCACACUGUGCUCGGUAUUGCCACUGGUGAAGGGAGGAAGAAGGCACUCAGCACAUGUGGCUCACAUGUCUGUGCCGUGCUCGCCUACUACGUGCCUAUGAUUGGCUUGUCUAUGGUGCACCGCUUUGGAAAUCACGUGUCUCCUCUGGUGCAAGUCAUGAUGGCCAAUGCUUAUCUCUUUUUCCCACCUGUUGUCAACCCCAUUGUUUACAGCAUUAAGACCAAAGAGAUAUGUCAUGGCAUUGUCCAAAUGCUAUCAAAAAAAAGACCCAGAGUUUAG